AUGAAACCCUUUAACGUCCUUUGCUUGUUCGCUGCUGGCCUAAUGGCUCAGGUUCAAGCCAACGAGUCCCCCAUCGAGGGAUAUACCGUUGAGGAUAUCUCAUGGGAAGUCGAGACGACUCCCGGAGGCCCAACUGUCAUUCUGAAUGGCACAGUCGAGAAGGUCUUAUCUCAACUGCGCGAUAUCAAUCCUAACUAUGAGGCCGAGUUCGCCACCGUUGUUCCCGAGAUUGACGAGCCCGCCAAGGAGUCUGCUGAGGAAGCAGGCGCUUCAUCGCACUUGGCCAAGCGUGGCGAUGUUGUUUGCGGCAAAUUUCCCAGUGCCUAUGCCAACAAUAUUGACCAAGGCAUCAAGUACUUGAGAAGUGUUCCUGGCCAGCCUCAAAGAGGACCCGGCCCUGGCAGCUGUGGUCAGGUCAGUUGUUCCUGGUCAUCAGCUAUUUGGUGGUGCAAUGAUAAUACCUUCACGAAAGUCCUGCCCAGCUUCAACAACAUUGCCGACGGCGCGCAGCUGAUUAAAAACACUUGUCUUCAUGGAGGUCAGACCUUCUCUGGUCAAGAUUUCCAUGACGACAAGUGGAACACCAUUGUUCGUUUCAGCUCAUGUUAA